CCCUGGAAGUGCCACGGUGGCCUUACGGCGUUCGUUAGCAGGAUAGUCCGUUUAUCGUCCCUGAAUGUGGAAAGUCAUCGAGUUUAACGCUUUAGAAACAAGUGAAAUAUACGCCACUUAUUUUUCUCUGAAGGUCACUAUAUGAAAUCAACAAUCUGGAUCGCAGCGGCAACAACAGAAAGAAGAUAGAGGAAUUCUCUAAGUCUUCUCGUGAAAAAUUGAUUCAGUCUAAGAACAAAAUGUUCUCCAAAUUUACGUCUAUUCUCCAACACGCAGUCGAGGCGCUUGCACCAUCACUGCCCUUACAGGAGGAUUUUGUCUAUCAUUGGAAGGCAAUUACUCACUACUACAUAGAGACUUCAGAUGACAAAGCUCCAGUUACGGACACCAACAUCCCCUCUCACCUGGAACAGAUGCUGGACAUUCUGAUCCAGGAGGAAGGGGAACAUGACUCUGGAGAGACGGGGCCUUGCAUGGAGUAUCUCCUCCACCACAAAAUCCUUGAGACCCUCUACACACUGGGCAAGGCUGAUUGCCCUCCAGGAAUGAAGCAGCAGGUGCUGAGCUUCUACACCAAACUGCUGGGCAGGAUCCGACAGCCCCUCCUGCCCCACAUUAACGUGCACAGGCCUGUGCAGAAACUCAUACGGCUAUGUGGGGAGAUAUUAGCUGCACCUACUGAAAAUGAAGAGAUCCAGUUUCUUUGUAUUGUCUGUGCAAAACUCAAACAGGACCCCUACCUGGUGAACUUUUUCCUGGAGAAUAAGGUCAAACGUGGAGACACGAAAGAGCCAGUGGCAGAGGGGGUGAGGGAUGAUCCGUCAGCCCCAGAUACAGGCCAAACGCCCCCUGGUGCAACAUCACCCAGCAGUCCAGAGCAGUCUGCAGCAACGCCAAGCAACUCAACCCCCAAUAACAAUAAUUACAACCUGGUCAGCUCCCUACUCAACCUGACAAAGAGUCCGGACGGUCGGAUUGUGGUGAAGGCCUGUGAGGGCCUCAUGCUGCUGGUCAGCUUGCCGGAGCCGGCCGCAACCAAAUGCCUGACCGAGAGCACAGAGCUCUGUGAGCUGCUGACUAGUCGGCUUGGCACUUUCUACCAGGCGCUGCCUCAAUCCAUGGACCCACUGGAUAUUGAGACGGUCGAGUCUGUCAACUGGGGGUUGGAUGUUUAUAACCUGAAGGAGGAUGCUGCUAUCUUUGCUGGCAAACGUGCGCUCAUCUCUUUUCUCUCUUGGCUGGACUUCUGUGACCAGCUCAUCAAAGAGGCCCAAAAGUCUGCUGCGACUGUUUUAGCCAGAGCGGUGAGAGACAGAUUUUUUGUGUCCAUAAUGGAGCCACAGCUUAUGCAAACAUCCGAGGUGGGCAUCCUGACCUCCACCGCCCUGCUCAGCAGGAUCAUCCGGCAGGUGACCUCCGAGGCCCUGCUCCAGGAGACCGCCUUCUUCAUCCUAGGCGAGGACACGGAGCCGGAGACUCCAGCGGGAAUCUCCCAGGUCCCCCUGAGGCACAGACUCAUUGAGCACUGCGACCACCUGUCAGAUGAGAUUAGCAUCAUGACCCUGCGGCUGUUCGAGCAACUGCUGCAGAAGCCCAGCCAGCACAUCCUGCUGAACCUGGUGCUUCGCAGCCUGGAGGAGCGGAACUACGCCGAGCUCAAGCCCCAGGAGGAGCGCGAGCCGCUGGAGAAUGGACAGCCGCAUGACUCUGUUGAUCUCGAGGAAGACCCACUGUUCUCAGAUCUCUCACCAGAUAACAGACUCUCCAGUCCUGAUUGGCUAAGCUGCUCACCACCUCAGCAUUCUGAGCAUGUAAAGCCCGAUGGGAAGACUGAGGUGCACAAAAUAGUAAACAGUUUUCUCUGUUUGGUUCCGGAUGAGGCCAAAUCCUCCAAUCAGGUAGAAGGCACUGGCUAUGACACCUACCUGAGGGACGCACACAGACAGUUCCGGGACUACUGUGGGGUAUGCCAGCGCUGGGACUGGAGAGGACACCCCAAGCCCUUUGAGAAGUGCAACCUGGACAGCCCCUUCUUUGAGGGGCACUUCCUCAAGGUCCUCUUUGACAGGAUGGGUCGUAUCUUAGACCAGCCGUACGACGUGAACCUGCAGGUGACGUCGGUUCUGUCUAAGCUGGCUCUACUGCCCCACCCACACCUGCACGAGUACCUGCUGGACCCGUACAUCAACCUGGCCCCCGGCUGCAGGUCCCUCUUCGCCGUCGUCGUCAGGGUGGUUGGGGACCUUAUGCUGCGAAUUCACCGCAUCCCAGAUUUCACGCCCAAGCUCUUACUGGUCAGGAAGAGAUUACUGGGAAUGGAACCUGAGGGAUUGGCCAUUGAUCAUGUGACUCUGCUAGAGGGGGUCAUCGUGCUGGAGGAGUUCUGCAAGGAGCUGGCCGCCAUCGCUUUUGUCAAGUUCCACGCGUCUGCCUCCACCUCGCCGUAACCCUGCCCAGGAGCGGCAGUGGCGCACGGGCACAGGGUCGGGGCGCCGGGGGGAGAUACGAACACUGGACUCCAGUCAAACCUCUCAGAGGACAAAAACACAGGCCACCAUCGGACACCACCUGUCCACAGACACCCAUUGGACAGCACCUGUCCACAGACACCCAUAAGACACCACCUGUCCACACUCAUCAACCCCUGGCCGGACCCCAUCUCCACUCCCCCAGCUGGGAGAGGAGAGCUACUGAAGCGACACAAUGCAGCACAAUGCAACUGUCCUGAGGUCCUCUGCACCAGGAGGUAAAUGGUAUUGGACCGUGGAAUGGUGCAGAACCCAGAGUACUGUAGCUCUCUCUCUCUCUCUCUCUUUUAGCUCAUUCAUUACUCUAACCGUAUGGUGUUCCUCAAUAGUUGUUUAUGCGUAUGCUAUUUAAGUUCUGUUCUGUUCUCUGCACCUACAUCUGUGACGUUAAUGAAUGAGUUUUCAGUGUGACUGUGGCAGACGCAGGCAUGGUUGUAAGAGUUAUGCAGUUGCUGGCACAGUUCCAGACAACCAAGGAACUUCCUGGUUUUGUUUACCAUACCUAUUAAGAUACAAAAAUAUAUUACUGAACAAAUUAAUAUAUUCAUCAGGAAACAAAAUACAUUCAGCUGAUUAGAAAGAAAAACAAGCCAAAUAGAGGGGUUUGUGAUUUUAAUUAAUGGUGAAGAGUUUUGGAAGACUUUUUAUUGAUGCUUUAGUAACUGAAACAGGCUUCUCUUUAGUACAAUAUCACACCAAUUCAGCAUUGUCCAUAUUUUAAGACUGUUGUGUUGUCAGACUCAAGGCUCUCUGAACUGUGCACAGGCUGCCUAUUUGCAGGAUUUAGAGGACUCUCAGACAUCUGACAGUGUUUUUAAACCAUUUUAUGGUUAUUCCUUUACUCUGCUGCGUACAUAUUUAUGUUGUGGAUGUGUGUGUGUGUGUGUGUGUGUGUGUGUGUCUGUGUGUGUGUGCGCGCCUUCAGCUUGCUAUUUUUAUAGCUCCAUUGCAACUUUUUGUUUUCAAACACAGUUUAUUUAUAAGGUCUCAAUAGACUGGAGUGGAUGAUUUUAUGGAACUCGCCAAUGCAGUACUAAAAUCAUAGACGCACUCCAUUGGACGUUGUCACACUGAUUAUGGAAUUCAGGCUAGCGCUUGGUCCCCUAGGAGUCCACACGUCUGUUCAUAACAUGUGGAACUACAACAGAUAAUGAAAGUGACUUGAACCCAGUGACGCAAAACCAUGCAUAGAUGUUAUCACUGUGCACCAAAGGGGAAGUUUGCUGAGGCCUUUAGCGUAGUAAAAAAUGUCUGUACGCAUCUCGUCUUUGACGAGGUGUGAGAGAAAUGACAGACCUAGUCACACCCCUGACCAGUCCCUUUUUUGAAUGUGAGUUUUUGCACAUGCUAUUGGCUCCUGUUAGUUUGCUCGACCACCCCAGCAAGUUCACUGGCACCAGCACGGGGAUGUGGGGCACUGAGGAAUGGCAGGAUGGCGUGUCAGUGUCUCCGCCUGCUGGAGGACCUGAUGGGAAUGUGUCAAGCAGCACCCCUCUUCCUCUGGGUAAUGAUUUUAAGAGCAAUAGAUUUGAACCCUUCUGUCGACCUUUUAACGUGUUAAUUCUGCUCUUAGAUUAGGCAUGAAACCAGAGGUAGGUGAAACAUCAAGCAUUAUGAAGACUUUAUAUUCACUUCUGUGCCCCACAGUAAAUUGGACUUUAGUUGAUUGCUUCGAUAUCUGUUGUGAGGAGAAGGUGUGGACAUAAGUGUGUAUGAGAGUGUGUGUGCUAGUAAGUGAGCAACUCUGUAAGCAUGGUCAGUGCUUAGUUACACUGGGUUGGAGACUCAGUCUUAAGGUCAGGUAUUAUAUUAAGGCUUAAGUAAGCUUUGUUUUUUAUGUUUUGUCUCUCUUGCUACCAUGUGUCCUGCCUUAUAACGUAACUGAGCACAUCAUGCUUGCAUUUAAAGGCUAAAGAAAUUGCACAUUGUCAUUCUGUUCAUAUUUUUAAAAAUGUAUAGUACUUUAGGUUUAAUUGUAUUUUCUUCAUGAACCAAAAAGAUGUACCAUUUAAAGAGUGGCUGUCUGUUUUUGUGAGAAAAAAAAAACAUCUUUUUUAUUGAUCAUGCACAUUUUAUACCAAUGGACUUCUCAGAGCAUUCUUGACUUCUGUAUAUAUAUGUACAGUAGAAGUUGUGCUGUCUGGUGUAAAUGCAUGCACAUCCACUUUUGGGUGAGUUUAGGUAAACAAAGCAGCACCUCUCCAUCCAUUAAAAUACUGACAUCUGCACUUUGUUUCUGAAUGGCCACUGAUGAGGAAAUGACCAAUGCCUUACUUCAUAUGCAGCGGAGCAGUGGAGUCUUAGAAGAUCUUUUCAAUGGAGACUGAGUUCUACAGACAGUUUUACCCACAUUCAAUUUGAUGUUCUAUCCUGAAAUUAGUUAUGAUUGAUUUGUUAUGGACUUGGAUGUCCUUUUCCCCUUCAUGUCAGCUUUGACCAGCCACUGUAAAACCUUGGAGAUCUGGUUGGCAGUACACAUAAUGUUGACUUUUUGCCAGCUCUCCUUGAUAGAGGACCUGUUUGUCUUCUUUUGGGUAUCACUGCCAUAUUUGUCCUAAUUUAAACAAUGUAUUUUUGUGUUGAUAGCAAAUAGAUUGCAUGUUCAACUCUUUUUACCUCCCAAAUGUAGCAGGUUGUUGCUGUAAGUCCAUCUCGGGCAGACAUCAGUGGAUCUGAAGAGGGAAUGCCAGACGUUCUCAUUGCAUAAGAAACACUGACUUUGCACCUUGUCUGCUGAUAUUUAAUACACCUGUGAAAUUAAGAUCACCCUCCACUUUUGUGUAUGUCUGCGAACAUAAAAGAAAAAUAGCUUUCUUAAUCAGUUACCGUCCCAUUAAAAAGACUGCUUUCUUCAA